AUCUUAGUAAUUCUGCAAGACUGUCUAUAAAUGCACUAAGCUCACUUGCAAUCCUGCACAUAACGAAUUUUGUUUUUGUAAGUCUUUGCAUUCGUGUGCUAUCAAACGAGAGAACAAUCUUAAUGGAUCCUAGUUUGUAUGAAGCUGUACAAGAGGGCAAUCUUAAUGCCAUUAGAGAAAAGAAGGAACUUGUCAGCACCAAUCAGUUGACACCAAACAAGAAUACUGUACUUCACGUUGCUGCCCAGUUUGACAACUCCAUGGAAUUCGCAUUAGAAAUCCUUAAGAUAGAUGGAUCCUUACUCUGUGAAGUGAACUCAGAUGGUGAGACCGCGCUCCACGUUGCAGCAAGAAAUGGCAACAAAGAUGUUGGGGAGCAGAUGAUGAGAUUUGCAAAGUCGUUAGAUGAAGAUCCUGAAGCCGGAGGCAGAGGUGGAGCGCUCAAAAAGCUGCUAUCAUGCAGAAAUAGAAAUGGAGACACUGCACUGCAUGAGGCUAUAAGGAAUAAUCGUCCAUCUAUGGUCGAUUUGAUGACAAAAGAAGACCCUGACAUUGCAAAUAUAGCGAAUAAUGAACUGGAAACUCCAUUGUUUCUUGCCGUUGAUAUCGUUCAAGGUUAUGAAAACUGGAUAAUGUCUGUGAAUUACAUAUUGGAAAAUUGCCCAUCACCGGCUUACACUGGACCAAAUGGAAAAACUGCUCUGCAUGCUGCGGCUUCAUAUAAUCAGAAACAAAUCUCAGAAAAUUUGUUGGCAAAAUAUCCUACUGUAAUAAUGGAAGUAGAUGAUUGUGGAUGGAGUGCUCUCCAUUAUGCUACACUAUGCGGAUCGAACGAAGUAGCAGAGAAACUAUUAAAGGCUGAUAAAUCAAUAGCAUACAUAGCUGCAGAAAAAGAUAAUGAUAAGACAGCUCUUCAUAUAGCAACUUGUAGGGGAAAAGUAAAUGAAAUUGAAGAGAUUUUAGCAUAUUGUCCUGAUUGCUGGGAGAUGGUUACUGGAGAUGGCCAAAAUAUUCUACACCUUUCCGUGAAAUUUGAACAACGAGAAGCAUUUAAUUUUAUCAUGAAAAAAUCAUGGGUUGGCAACCUCAUUAACCAAAAAGAUGCAGAGGGAAACACACCCCUCCACGUAUAUGCUUCAACUCCCCUCUUCCGCGGCCGUGAUCUUGUAAACCAUCCACGAGCAGAGACGAAUGCUUUGAACAAGAAACAUAUGACGCCUCUUGAUGUGAUAAGGUUUUCCAAUGUUCAUUCAUUGGGAAAGCGUUCCGUUAUUAGGGAAUUAAAAGCAAAAGGUGCGAUUUCUCAAAAUAGUUUGCUAUUGAAGAAGGAAGGUUAUCUUGAAAAAAAAGAUGUGGCUCCUAUGGAUAUUAGAAAAGCAGCCAACACUCAUCUGCUAGUGGCUACUCUCAUAACAACAGUAGCAUUUGCUGCUGGAUUCACCAUUCCAGGUGGGUAUGACGGAAAUGAUGGCCCAAACGAAGGCCUGGCAAUUUUAUCAAGAAAAGCAGCUUUUAAAGCGUUCAUUAUAACAGAUUCAUUAGCUAUGGUUUGCUCUGCUUCGGCUGUUUUUCUCUACGUCAUUGGAGCAAUUUCCCAUAACAAGUUGCAGCGGGCGCUCUGGUAUUCGUCUGCUUCAGAGCUUGUUAUUGUUGCCAUGGGGGCGAUGGUAAUUGCUUUCAUGACCGGGUUGUACACGGUGUUAGAACAUUCUCGAGAACUUGCAAUCAUAGAAUGUGUCAUUUGCAGCUUCUGCCUUCCUUUUUUCUACUUGUUGAAAAAUAUACAUUUGAAAGACUUUCUAAAUGACUUGUAAGUUUAUGCAACUAUUCUGUUUUAUGCCUACUCUGUUGGACAUUGUUUAUA